CCACAUUAGCAGAGCAGAGCAGCACGGGCAAAGUGCAGAUCAAGCGGUACGCUCGUCUUUCAACACGAGCGUAUAGCUGAGCUUUGCACAGAAUUGGUCGUCAAAGUUGUAGAGUCUCAACUGUAAUCCAUCCGGGACGAAUUUCCGCCUUUGUCAGGCACCGAUGCUCUGCCACAAGAUCUCGUGACCUUCCCGGACUCUCGCCACCAGUAAGAACGAAAACUUCCAGGCACUGAAUGGUGUGAAACGCUUUUUCACGAGUAAGUCCUUCAAUGCUUUUAGCUCCAGCUCUGGCCCCAGACUCUAAUGCAGAUGCUUCCGAUGCGAAUGACCGUAAUGCAAUCAAGUCCUCAGCUGAAUGUCGAAGUUCGUUUGAAAUGCGUACGCCAGCUCGCUGAAGUCAGGUUAUCAACAAUAUAAUUACAAGAGGUUGCUCACCUUCACCCAGGUUCGGAGAGACGUGGCUCGAUGGAUCCGGGAGAGAUUUGCAUAUGUUGAAAUCGAUCAGGCCCUUACAGGUUUUGAGACGCUGCCCCACGCGUCGAACAUAGAAGCAAUACAGGUCGUAGACUGCUUGCCAAGAGAUGAUAGUUCCAGCCAUUAUGCCCUCGAGUGCUACGAGCUUGUUGUUCAUGUAUACGCCCUGAACGACGCCCCUGUUAACGAUACGCCCGACGAAUGGUCACUAUUGUCAGACGAGAAUGAGGACACUAAGAUGUCUUCCAACUGGGUUCUGUAUCAAAUGCCUAAUGUUUUGUUCGAUGACGUUUGGAGCUUAUUGCACUUCGAGAAUAGUCUUCGUGAGGAGCUGUUGCAAGAGCUUACCAAUACGAUAGUUUUGGAGCGAGAAGGCCUCAACGCUUCAUUACACGAUUGGACUGGCCUGGUACUACUCCAUGGGUCCCCUGGCUCAGGCAAGACGAGUCUAUGCAGAGCCCUGGCGCAGAAGCUUGCAAUUCGAUCGAGCGAGAUCUACCGGUCGUUUUACCUAGUCGAGGUAAACGCAAAUAACCUGUAUUCAAAAUGGUUUGGUGAAUCCGGAAAGAACAUCGCCAAAAGCUUUCGUAAAAUAUACUCCAUGGCUCGAGAUCCCGAUGACUUCAUAUGUGUUCUGAUCGACGAGAUCGAGACAAUUGCGGGAUCUAGACAGCAAUCUGCGGAGAGCGGCGAGGUGGGAGAUGCGCUCAGAGCAACAAAUCAAUUUCUCACGGCUCUAGACAAGCUGCGGUUCCAUUCCAACGUGUUAUUGUUCUGCACGAGUAAUCUCAUGACCACGCUGGAUGCUGCGUUCCUCAGUCGUGUGGACAUCAUAGAAAAUAUCGGUGCUUCAACACCAGAGGCUGCAUAUGAGAUACUGAGGUCCUGCUUAAAUGAUCUGAUAUCUAAGCAGCAGAUCUGUUUCGAUGAGACUUUCGGCGAGGAGAACUCUGCGGCAAGUGAAGGGUCAAUGGAGGCAAUAGACAGAUUCCACGGAUAUCAAACCAAAGAUGCCUUUCCCAAGUACAUCAUUGCUUCCUUUCAGCACCAUAUUCACCCUAAUAGCCUCGCAUCAAAGCUUCUUGACAUCUCGAAGAACUGCGCUGGGCUCAGUGGUCGGCUUCUACGACGAAUUCCGCGUCGUGCUGUUUCAAGGUACACGUUUGGCAAGACGAGAAGUGCGGUGGACGUGUUGAAAGCAAUGAGUUUGCUUGUUGAUAAAGAGCGCCAGCAAAGAUGCAAAGAGGUCGAGCAGCAGGCACGCGUAGUUCGUAACACCUGCCUCUAAGCCAAUUGAUUUCAUCGUGGCCCAUGAAUGUAGUCGUUCUUUAGUUGUUAGGAAAUUGAUUUAUCGAGAGCCGG